AUGUUCGGCGCGUCGUCCUUUAGUGGCUUCGGCCAGCAAAACCAGCAGGGCACAAACGCUCCUGCGCAGCCGGCAGCGGGGGGGAUGUUUGGUCAGACCAGCACCACGCCCGCGUUCGGCUCCUUUGGCCAGACCGCUGCGCCGGCCACGAACGCGUUCGGCGCCAGCCAGCCGAACACCUUUGGACAGGCAGCGAGCACCCCGGCGCAGACGACGCCGUUCGCCUUCGGCCAGUCGGGCACUGCGAGCACCUUUGGGCAGCCCAAGCCUGCGUCGACCUUUGGCGCAUUCGGCGCGCCCAGCACGUCGACGCCGGCGCCGGCGACCAACACCUUUGGCUUUGGCGGCGCGACGCAGCCGCAGCCGCAGCAGCCCGCGUUUGGUGCGCAGCCCUCGACCGCGUUCGGCGGCGGGGGCGGCGGGGGCGGCAGCUCGUUCUUUGGCCAGCCGGGCUCCACCGCGCAGCCGGCGUCGUUCGGCGGCUUUGGCGCCGCGCCGCUCGCCGGCCAGGCGGCCGUGCCGGCCGUGACCCAAGGCACGGCGACCACGCCGUACCAGCCUUUCCGCGAAGACAGCAACCAGACUGACCCCAAGACGCACGCCAAGGUCUGGGACGUGCACCAGUCCAUUGCCUCGAUGCCGGCGUAUGCGUCGAUGAGCCCCGAAGAGCUGCGCCUGCAAGACUACCGCCAAGGGCGCUCCAAGGGCACCGGUGCGCCGGCUGCGACGCCGGCCGCGAGUGCAACGCCCGCGUUUGGCUUUGGCGCGCAGCCCGCGCAGCCGGCAGCGACGCCGUUUGGCCAGCAACAGCCUCCGUCGACCUUUGGCCAGACGCAGCCCGCGUCCGGCGGCCUCUUUGGCCAGCAGCAGCCCGCGUCGACGUCUGCGUUCGGCGCACAAAACAGCGCGCCGUCGCUCUUUGGAGGCGCCAAGCCCGCGACGAAUGCGUUUGGCGCGUCGAACACGGGCUCGUCGCUCUUUGGGCAGAACACGCAGCAACCGAACUCCGGCCUCUUUGGCAGCAGCACGACGCAGCCCGCGCAGCCCGCGCAACCCGCACAGCAGUCUGGCUUCAUGUUUGGCCAGAACAACAAUGCCGCGGCGCAGCCCUCGACGAGCUUUAGCUUUGGUGCAGGCGCCAACAACAAUGCCGCGCAGCAGAACAAGCCCGCGUUUGGCUUUGGCAGCCAGCCGGCCCAGCCCGCGCAGCCCGCGCAGCCCCAGAGCUCGUUCUCGUUCGGGCAAAACACCAACACGCAGCCGAGCGGCGGCCUGUUUGGCAACCAGGCGAGCACGAAUAACAACGCCUCGUCGAGCUUCUCCUUUGGCCAGAACAACAACCAGUCCAAGCCGGGCGGCCUCUUUGGCGGCGCCGCGCCCGCCUCGUCGACGCCGUCGUUUGGCGGAUUCGGCGCGAAUAACAACCAGCCCGCGCAGCAAAACAAGCCCGCCUUCUCGUUCGGCGGCGGCGGCGGCGGCUUUGGGCAGACCAGCAGCACCCCUGCGCCGUCAACGGGUGCGCAGCCGUCGACCUUUGGCAGCAACACUGGCGGCGGCCUGUUUGGCGCGAAGCCCGCGCAGCCCGCGCAGCCGAGCGGCGGCUUUGGCUUUGGGCAAAACGCCUCGCAGCCGUCGCAGCCGUCGACCUUUGGCGCGAACAAUGCCUCGUCGGGCGGCGGCCUGUUUGGCGCGAAGCCCGCGCAGCCCGCGCAGCCGAGUGGCGGCCUCUUUGGCCAGAACACGUCGUCGGCGCCGAGCGGCGGCCUCUUUGGCCAGAACAAUACCACGCAGCCGAGCGGCGGCCUGUUUGGCGCGUCGUCCACUGCCCCGAAGCCCUCGUUCUCGUUUGGCGGCGCGCAGCCGAGCAGCACCGCGCCAAGCGACGGCCUCUUUGGCCAGAGCCAGCCGGCGCAGCCGAGUGGCGGCCUCUUUGGCCAGAGCCAGCCUGCGCAGCCGAGCGGCGGCCUGUUUGGCACGCAGACCAACACCUUUGGCUCGUCGCUCGCCAAGCCCCUCGGCGCCUCGGCGCCUGCUGCGCCGGCGCCCGCCCCGGCCGCGUCGCCCGCGUCGCUCACGACGAACCCCUACGGAACGGAUGCGCUGCUCGCCAACACGCAGCCGAGCGCGGCUGCCCAAGCGCCGCUGCCGUUCAACGUCGCGCCCAAGAGCAAGCCGCCGCUCGUGUCGCCCUUCCGCUCGUCGCCGCGUAACGCGGUGCGUGUGACGCGACUGCGUGGCUCGACGCCGGCGCUGGACGUGUCGCAGGCGCGCGAGCGCACGCCCUUCCGGGAGAGCACGCCCGGCCUUGCGUCGCGGGGUGCGACGCCGGUGCGCUCGAGCAGCAUGCUCUUCCGUGGUCCCAGCGAUGCCCAGGCGCUCUCGCCGCAGGCCUUUAUUCCCCGGUCGACAAGCAAGCGCCUGGUCCUCGACGGGGACGCGACCUUUGCGCGCUCGCCGAGCGUGCGCCGCGAGACGCUCACCGCCACGCCCCGCGCGCGUUUCUCGCCCGCGGUCGAGCGCGCAGCGGAUGUGGGCGAGGAGAGCUUGUCGCUCCCGCAUCCCGACCUGAGCGUGUCGCGCGUGAGCGAGCCUCCGCGCCCGCGCCAGUCGCUGCCGCGUGCGCCGCAGCACGGCGACUAUGUGCUUACGCCCGCGCUCACCGAGCUGCGUAGCAUGGACUACGAGGCGCUUGCCUCGCUCGCCGACUUUAGCGUGAAGCGCAUCGGCUUUGGUGAGGUCGCGUUCCUCGAGCCGGUCGACCUCGCGUCGCUGCCUGACCUCGCGUGCAUCGGCGGAGGCGUCGUGCAGCUGCGCGCAAAAGAGUGCUUUGUGUACCCCCAGGAAGAGGACCUCGAGUCCGAGACGCCGCUCGACGGCCUGCAGCCCGGCUACGUGCCCGUGCCCAAGGCCGCGCUCGGCCACGGCCUCAAUGUGCCUGCGCGCGUGAGCCUCGAGGGGUGCUGGCCGCUGGACCGCGCGACGCGCGAGCCGCUCAAGGAUCCGUCGCACGCGCGCGUCAAGCAGCACAUUACCAAGCUCAAGAACAAAAAAGAGACCGAGUUUGUGUCGUACGAGCCGACGUCUGGCACGUGGACCUUUAUCGUGCAGCACUUUUCGCGCUACGGUCUCGACGACUCGGAGAGCGAGAGCGAGGACGAAGUGCCUGCCAUGCAGCUCGGCGACGAGCAGCACAGCGAGAGCAACGAGAGCGACUUCCGUGAGGAGGACCUCGAAGACGACGAGGCGGACGUCUGGGUGCCGACGGUCGCACAGCGCCCUCGCUCCGCGACGCCGGGCCGCUUUGGAUCGCCCGCGCCGAGCGUCGCGCGUCUUGCGUCGCCCGCGCCGAGCGCGCUCCCUCGCAAAGUGCAAGUAAUGCGGGCGAGUUUUUUUGGGCACACGCCUCCGCGCCAGGGACCGGCGGCAGGCGUGAGUAAGAGUCCCAGCUUUAUGGCGGACGUCGACGCGGUGGACGCCAAGGCGGAUGUUCCAGACGUGGAAGACGUCACGGAAGAGGCCGGCGCGGCCGACGCGGCCGACGUGCCGGACCAGGCGAUCGACACGCCGUUUGCCGCGCCGAUUCCCGUUGCGCGUGUGCCACUCGCCCAGUCCGUGCUGGACGACGGCCUCUUUUCGCGCGACGCGGGCCUCUCGUUCGGCCGCAGCUUUCGUAUCGGCUGCGGGCCCCGCGACGCGCUCGUGCACAACGGCCUGCUGCACCGCACGACCCUGCCGGGCACGUCAGAGGUCGUGCUGGACCGCGUGCGCAUCGGCGCCGAUCCCGCCGAGGCGGCGCAGCUCGCCGAGGCGCUCCUUGCGCAGCAGCGCAGCGCGUCGACCGUAACGGUGGCGGACGGCGUGCCGUUUGUGCGCCCCAAGCCCGGCACGUCGUUCCAGACGCACGCGCAGCACUAUGCUGCGGACGACAAGCGGUACGCCGCGCAGUUCUGGCACCUCGGCAGCGCGCUCUUUGAUCCGCUGCGCGACGAGCUGCCGGCGGACGCUGCGCCGUCGCUGCGCGCCAAGGUCGAGCAGCUGCGCCGCAAGAGCGCACUGUCGCAGUGGCUUGCGCGCGCCGCCGCCGCGUCGGUGCAGACCGAGGCGCGUGCGCACCGCGCCGCAUCCCGCUCCACCGAGCUGAUCUUUGCGCUGCUGUCUGGCUUCCAGGUCGAGCAUGCGGCCGACGCGGCGCUCGAGGCGAACGAUGUGCGCCUCGCGACGCUCGUCGCGCAGGCCGGCGGCGACGCCGCGAGCAAAGAGUACCUCGCGACACAGCUGAGCGUGUGGCAGACCGAGCAGGUCGUGCCGCUGCUCGAGCCCGCGAUGCGCCGCAUCUACGAGCUGCUGUGCGGCCACCUCGGCACGGAUGCCAAGGUCGCCGCCGGCCUCGACUGGCGCCGCGCACUCGGCCUUCACGUGUGGUACGGCGUGCCGUGGGAGGCGCCGCUCGCGGCGAGUGUGGCAUCCUACGAAGCGGCGCUGCGGUCGCUGAGCGACACGCAGCCGCCGCUGCCUGCGUACUACGAUGCGGCGAAGCUCGGCGCGCUCAAGCUGCGCGAACUCGCGCAGCGUCCUGGCGUGGAAUGGGACGCGAUGUACGAGCUGGUGCAGCUGCACGUCGACCCCACCUACCCCCUCGACCACGUGCUGAACGCGCGCAACUUUGGCGCGAGUGCGACCGAGCACACGCUUCCGUGGCACACGUACGUGACGCUCGCGCGUGCGCUCGACGUACGCGACUUUGCCGACGCCGAGCACGGCGCGCGCCUCUCGAUUGCCUACGCCGCGCAGAUCGAGAGCCAGGGCCUGUGGCACUGGGCCGCGUUUGUCCUCCUGCACAUCGAGGAGGCGCACGUGCGCCAGGCUGCGGUGCAGGCGCUGCUCGAGCGCAACGUCGAGCACCUGGCGGAGCACGCGGCGUUCCUCGACACGCUGUGCAUUCCCGCGACGUGGCGCGCCGGCGCCGAGGCGAUUGCGGCGCACGCGGCGAACAACUACUACCACGAGUACGUGUGCUGGCUGCGUGCCGAGAGCCUGUCGAACGCGCACCAGAUUGCCGUGACGCGCCUCGCGCCGGAAGCGUUUGUGCGUGGCGACGCCGGGCUCCUCCUCGACCUGUUCCGUCCGUUUGGCGAGGCGGAGCAGGAGGCGCGCGCCGCCGGCAAGCCAUUUACCAUCGAAGGGUGGAACACGGCUGGGCGCGUGCUACUCGACUAUGCGACGCUGCCCCAUAUCCUCCCGCCGCUCUUGGCCAAGUCGGAAAAGGGGACGCUCUCCCCGAACGAGCACCAUGCGCUGCAGCAGGCGACGCAGCGCACGCACGAGCUCAUCGAGGCCGUGCCGGCCUUGUAUCCCCCGUCGUCGCCGAAUCUCAUGACGACUGUCGCCCGCUCCGAGAUGCUCGUCGUCCUGCACAACCUCGCGCGGCUCAUUGCGUCGCACGCCAGUGCGCCGGAGCCGACGAUGCACUGGACGCCGGCGCACCCGCCGGAAGUCGAGCAGCUGCAGGCCGUUGCGUCCGAUUUUGGCGCAGCGAUGCUGGCAACGUUGUAG